AUGUCGCUCAACAAGACCAUCACGCUCAACGACGGCAACAAGAUCCCCCAGAUCGGCCUGGGCACCUGGCUUUCGAAGCCCGGUGAGGUCGAGGCUGCCGUCGAGGCCGCCAUCAAGGCCGGCUACCGCCACCUCGACCUCGCCAAGAUCUACCAGAACCAGCACGAGGUGGGCGCCGCCCUCAAGAAGACGGUCCCCUCGGUCGUCAAGCGCGAGGACCUCUUCAUCACCUCGAAGCUCUGGAACACGUCGCACAAGCCCGAACUCGUCGAGCCUGCCCUCGACGACACCCUUCAGGAGCUCGGCCUCGAGUAUCUCGACUUGUACCUGAUUCACUGGCCCACGGCCUUUGAAAGCUCCAACCCGACGAAGGAGCUUGUUCCGAAGAGCGAGGAUGGCAAGCAGGCCAAGCUCGACCUGAAGACUUCGAUCGUCGACACCUGGAAGGCCAUGGUCGCGCUCAAGAAGACGGGCAAGGUCAAGUCGGUCGGCGUCUCGAACUUCACCAUCGAGCACCUCGAGACCAUCAUCAAGGCCACCGGCGAGGCGCCCGCCGUCAACCAGAUCGAGGCCCACCCGCUCCUGCCCCAGGACGACCUGGUCGCCUACGCCAAGGAGAAGAACAUCAACCUGACCGCCUACAGCCCGCUCGGCAACAACCUGACUGGCCAGACCAAGAUCGUCGACUACCCGCAGGUGCAGGCCAUCGCCAAGAAGCUCAACGCCGACCCGGCCCAGGUCCUCAUCGCCUGGGGCGUCAAGCGCGGCUACAGCGUCAUCCCCAAGUCGGUCACCGAGAGCCGCAUCAAGUCCAACUUUGCCCAGAUCGAGCUCAGCGACGACGACUACAAGACCAUCUCGGACCUCCACACCGAGAAGGGCAAGCUCAGGUUCAACGUCCCCAGGACCUACAGCCCCUUCUGGGACAUCAACAUCUUUGGCGAAGAGUCCGAGAAGGAGGCCACCCACAAGGUCAACCUGGGCAACUGA